AUGGCGCCACAGACAUCUUUGAAUCCAAUCAUACCAGGCUUUGCCCCUGAUCCAUCGGCAAUACAUGUCGACGGCUGGUUCUUCGUCGUUAACUCGUCUUUUCACUUGUUCCCUGGUUUGCCCAUCUAUGCAUCGAAAGAUCUCUGCUCCUGGAAACAUAUCGGUAAUGCAAUCCAUCGUCAAAGCCAGCUCAGUCUUCGAAAGUCCAGAACAAACCUCAGUCCUGCAUCACCAGAAACAGGAGGCCGCAUAUUGCCUGCAACUGGUGGACUCUAUGCUCCGACCAUCCGCCAUCACGUAGACACUUUCUAUAUCGUCUGCACAAAUGCCUUACGGAACGAAGGCGAUUGUAGGGCAAAAAAGGAAAACUUCAUUCUGUCGACAAAGGAUAUUUGGAAUGGAGAAUGGAGCGAUCCCGUUUACUUUGAUUUUGAGGGCAUUGAUCCAGGCAUCACUUUCGAUGAUGGCAAAGUAUACAUCCAAGGGUCAGCAACUCCUGGGCCGGCCACUCGGAUCAACAACUUCGAAAUUGAUGUUAAGACCGGUAAGAAGCUAUCAGAAGAGCGAACCAUCUGGACUGGGACUGGUGGCGUCUAUCCAGAAGGUCCUCACGUAUUCAAGUGGAAUGGAUGGUACUACCUGAUCAUUGCUGAGGGGGGUACUCAUCUGUCGCAUUCGGUGACGGCAGCCCGUUCGAGGAGCAUAUGGGGUCCUUACCAGGCAGCUCCGAAAAACCCUAUCCUGACUGCGUACGGAACGAACGAGUAUAUCCAGCAUACAGGACAUUGCGACAUUUUCCAAGAUCUCGAAGGCCACUGGUGGGUGGUCUGUCUGGCAGUGCGCAAAAACGAUGGGAGGUAUCCAUUGAGCAGGGAGACCUUUCUUACGCCUGCUACAUACGAUGGUGAGUGGUUCCAGAUGGAGCGCGUCAGGUCGGAUGUCAUCAACCACUCUGGGGCUCAAUUAUCAGGGUCUACUCUACAAGCAGCCCCUGGUAUUGAUUAUCUUUACAUCAGAGACGCGCACUUGGACAGAUAUCAAUUUGAAGAAGACAGUACUGCUAUCACCCUAACGCCAUCAUUCGUCGAUCUGUCUGCCCCCGAGUCCUCACCUACCUUUGUUUCUAGAAGGCAGCGGGUCCUUGAAGGGAAGACGACUGCUACAGUCUCCCACUUCGACGAUACCUGGGGCUCGGCAAAGUUGAAGUUUGGGCUCGCAUGCUACAAAGAUGAGCAUCGAUUUUUCCGCAUCUACCUUGACAUGGCAGACUCUUCUGUUGUCGUUGAAAUCGUCAACACUGCGCAGGAUAUUGCCAAAACCACGCGCCAGUUAUUAGACUCCGUCCCAAAGGAAAUCUCAUUCUGUAUCGAGUACACAGAGUUGGAGUACCGGUUGCUGUAUGCUACAGCGUCUAGCUCACCGUCAUGGCUACCUCUGGCGACUAUAGACACACUAGAAAUAACCGAUCCGGAUUUCGUGGGUCCCAUCAUCGGUGUGUUUUCGGUUGCGGACACGGACGGGCUGAAGGUCAAGUUCUCGAGUUGGAAUGAUUUGCAGUAA